UUCAGCUUCCAUCUCCUCCUAGCUCAAUUUCUCCUUCCGCUUCAAACCCUAACAGCCCUUUCUCUCUCGAUCACUUUCCCAAUGGCACCGAAGGCCGAGAAGAAGCUAGCGGAGAAGAAGCCCGCUGCCGAGAAGAAGCCGGCGACUGAGGAGAAAAAGGCGACGGAGGAAAAGAAACCAGUUGCAGAGAAAGCUCCGGCCGAGAAGAAGCCGAAGGCGGAGAAGCGAAUUCCCCCCAAAGAUAGCGGCGACAAGAAGAAGAAGAAAAAGUCGAAGAAGUCGACGGAGACGUACAAGAUCUACAUCUUCAAGGUGUUGAAGCAGGUGCACCCUGAUAUCGGUAUCUCAAGCAAGGCGAUGAGCAUCAUGAACUCGUUCAUCAACGAUAUCUUUGAGAAGCUUGCGCAGGAGUCCUCACGCCUUGCUCGAUACACUAAGAAGCCAACCAUCACUUCCCGCGAGAUCCAGACUUCCGUUCGUUUGGUUCUUCCCGGAGAGCUUGCAAAACAUGCGGUGUCGGAGGGCACUAAGGCGGUUACCAAGUUCACUAGCUCUUAGAUUUAGGAUUAGGAUGGUUUGCCUUUUGUGGCUUAAUUGUGUUUGUGCCUGAUUUCUGCGGUUUUAUUUCUAAUGUGUGUUUACUCUAUUUUACUUUCUUUUGUUUGUUAUCUUUAUUGCAUUUGUAGAUGGAUUCGGCUGCUCGAAUUUUCUGCAUGGUGCAUUGAAUUAGGGUUGUAUAGAUCUCGUGUUUUUCUUCGAAGAAAAAUAUGAAUGUUUCUUUCUUGGUUGAAA